CACGGCUCCUUUCAAUCCCUUUACAUGAAAGCAAAGCUCCAUGCUGCCCUGCAGGAGAAAAAUCGCCUGAACCUCGAGCUGAUCAACCACCACCUGAAGGCGUCCAAGUAUGACCAGGUGCGAUCUGACUAUGACCAGCUGAGACAAACCUUUGUUGUCGUGAGCCAGGAGAGAGACGUGGCCCAGCAGGAGAGGAGCCAACUCCAGGGCAAAGUGGAUAACCUGGAACAGGUUCUAAAGCAUAUGCAUGAGGCUGUAGAGCUGAAGCAGCAGUUGCAGACAGAGCAUGAGCAAGCCUUGGUGGCCCUUCACACCAAGCAGAAGGAGAUCAAUCAACUGCAAAAGGCUUGGGUUCAAAUUGACCAAGAGCAUGAGGAAGCAGUACACCUGUUAGAGAACGAUAAGGACAGAAUGUUUCAGGUCAAGGUUCGUGACCUGGAGCAGAAAUGCAGGUCACACAGUGAACACUUCCACCAGCUGUCCAAAGAGCUGCUGAACUUCCGCCUGCAGUCGGAACCUGUGGAUAUCCUUCAGAUUGAUCCCAUCUCCCACAUCCCGUUCUCACCAGAGAAGAAAAUCGCACAAGUCAUUGUUGGAUUUGAAGUCCAGCCACAGCCAGGUGAUGAGAGCGCUGCAGACACGCCGCUACUGAUCUCCCAGUUCUUGCCCUGCACACCGCAGACUGGAGACAGAGAACGAGCAGAACAGCUGCCUGUCAAACCCAGCACCGUGACAACGGACCACCCCAGCAGCCCUCGACAGCUUACCCCAUCAGAGAUGGAGGAUGAGGCCAGCCCAUCACCCAGGUCCAAACCUCGCUACACAGGCCAGGUCCGCCUUUGCACUGCCCGUUACAGUUACAACCCUUACGAUGGACCAAAUGAGCAUCCUGAAGCGGAGCUGCCCCUCGUGGCUGGAAAGUAUUUAUACGUGUAUGGAAACAUGGAUGACGACGGAUUCUAUGAAGGGGAGCUGCUGGAUGGCCAAAGAGGACUUGUUCCUUCCAACUUUGUGGAGUUUGUCCAGGACAAGGAAAAACCAGCAAUUCAGGCUGGGGAGGGAGGGGAAGACCUGGGCCCGCUGGACCACAACCCUCUGGCCUUGAUGGCAGUGGACGGAGGUGCCUCCCAGGACGGCCUCCUGGGCUCAGCUAAUGCCUUGGUUCCCUGUAGCAAUGGGACAGGGGGGCCCUUGGAUCCUGAGGACCUAGCUGAAGAUGUUGUGCCUUACCCUCGAAAGAUCAACUUGAUCAAGCAGCUGGCACGGAGCGUCAUUGUGGCCUGGGAGCCUCCGAUAGUGCCUUUGGGCUGGGGGAACAUCUCUGGCUACAACGUGUUGGUGGACGGGGAGCUUCGUGCCAGUUUACCGUACAGUGGCAGGACCAAGUGCUUGCUGGAGAAGCUGGACCUGGACGGCUGCGUCCACCGCGUGUCGGUGCAGAGCGUCACCGACCGCGGCCUGUCAGACGAGCUGCGCUGCACCUUGCUGGUGGGAGCCAACGUGGUGGUGGCACCCUGCGGUCUGCGGGUGGAUGACAUCCAGCGUGACACUGCCGAGCUCUCUUGGUUGCCUAGCAACAGUAACUAUGGUCACACUGUGUUCUUAGAUGGCAUAGAGCACGCAGUUUUAAAGCCGGGAAGGUAUAGACUACGCUUCCUGAACCUGAAGCCCCUGACGGUGUACAAAGUGACGGUGGUGGCACAGCCUCACCAGGUGCCAUGGCAACUACCGCUGGAGCAAAGAGAGAGGAAAGAAGCUGGUGUGGAGUUCUGCACUCAGGCAGCAGGUCCAACACCAUUUUGCAGAACAGGCCCCCCGAUGCCUCCCCAGGACGUUCAGGUGCUCUGUGGGCAGGCUCCAGGGGUCCUGCAGGUCCGCUGGAAGCCCCCCAUCCUCUCCCCCACGGGCACAUCUAAUGGGGCAAAUGUCAUUGGCUACGCAGUCUGCACUAAAGGGCAGAGGAUAGCUGAGGUGUUGUUCCCAAUGGCAGACUAUGUUACAGUUGAGCUGACAAGGAUUCAAUGCCUGGAGGCCAGGGAGGUCAUCGUCAGGACGCUGUCAGUACAGGGAGAAUCCCAGGACUCCCAAGUCGCCGUCAUUCCAAACAACCUGCUCGUGCCUCUACCUCCGCUCCCCCUGCCGCCGCCGAUGCACCCUCACGCCGGCCCCCCUCCGCACCCCCACGCGGUGCCCCACCUCCAGUCGCCCCACCUUCCUCACGGCGUCCCCCAGCUUCCCGCUCCGGCCCACGUACAGCCGCUCCCGCCCCACCCUCAGCACCCUCAAGCCCACCCCAGACUCCCCCAUCCAGGUGGGCCCCCGCAGCCCCAGCUCCGACCCCCGCACCCUCAGCCCCAGCCCCUGCACCUCCAGCCUCGCCCGCCCCACCAGGUCCCCAGGCCCCAGCACCAACUGCCUCUGCUGCCCCACCCCCAGCCCCACCCUAUACCUCAGAGACCAGUAAGUGCCAGAGACCUGGAUGCCAAAGAGCACACGGCCCACCACGGGGGAGCUAUUCCACCCGGCCAGCCUGGCUGGGACCCCACGCGCUCUCCCUCCGCCCAGCCUCCGGUGCCCAUGCAAGGCCACACCCUGGAGGCCCCUCCGUCGGCCAAUCCUCGCUCGCCCUCCCCCCAGAGGAUUCUCCCUCAGCCCCGAGGCACGCUCAUCCCGGACACCGUGGCCAAAGCCAUCGCUCGGAAAGCAGCGCAGAGGGUGGCAGCAGAAAGCGGCAAGGGAGACGGGAGGCAGGGCAGGUACGGGGAGCAGGGUCAUUCAUUUCACCAGCAUCACUCCGACGAGGAAGAGGAGGACGAGGAGGGGUUUGCGCGUGGCCGUCGGAGAGGACCCUCAGUCGACGAGUUCCUCAGAGGCUCUGAGCUGGGGAGGCCGCCUCACUAUAGUCACAAUGAAGAUUAUCACAGCGAAAGCAGCCGGGGCUCUGACCUGUCUGACAUCAUGGAAGAGGAUGAGGAGGAGCUGUACUCUGAGAUGCAGCUGGAAGAGGGACGUCGACGCAACUCGCACAACACACCCAAGACAAACACUCCCGCGGGAGGACGUCACGACCGGGACGCCGGGAGACGAGGUCAUCACGGCGGUCCUCAGCCUCACAGACGACCUCUAAUGGUCCCCUCCAUUGAGGUAACCUCUGAGAAUAACAGUGAGGGAAACCUCUCCCCCAUCACCGAGGAUGUUUACUAUGGCAGAGUAGCUCGGCACAGGACGUGGUCAUCCCGCAGGCACAUGGGCGGCAACAGGUCUCCCCAUGAUGGCUACAGGGAUCGGGAUCGGGACCGCCGCUCCCCCACGUACUACGAUGAGUCGGAGUCCGAGGAGUCCUUUCGGAUCUUCGUGGCCCUCUUUAACUACGAUCCUCUGUCCAUGUCGCCCAACCCAGAUGCAGCCGAUGAGGAGCUGCCGUUCAAAGAGGGGCAGAUCAUUCGGGUGUAUGGUGAUAAAGACACCGAUGGGUUUUACAGAGGAGAGGUGAGGGGCAGGAUGGGGCUGAUCCCCUGUAACAUGGUGUCGGAGAUACGAGCAGACGACGAGGAGACCAUGGACCAGCUCAUCAAACAGGGCUUUCUGCCGCUCAGCACCCCGGUGGACAGAAUAGAGCAGAACAGAAGAGGCCUUCGUCGGGAUCAGGCCUCCAGGAGGAUGGUGGCUCUGUAUGACUACGACCCCAGAGAGAGCUCCCCUAAUGUUGAUGUCGAGGCUGAGCUGACGUUCUGCGCUGGUGACAUCAUGGCUGUGUUUGGCGAUAUCGACGAAGAUGGGUUCUAUUAUGGUGAGAUCAACGGCCACCGCGGUCUGGUUCCCUCUAACUUCCUGGAAGAAGUGCCUGAUGACGUGGAGGUGUAUCUGACCGAUACUCCGUCCCACUACCCCCAGGAAGAGCCUGCCAGCCGGCCCCCCGCCAACUCCGCCACCGCCGCCGCCACCGCCACCGCCGUCCCAGAGGGCAAACGGGUGACCACAGAAACCACCGAAACAGUCGGCAACGACACCGUCCCCGUCCGGGCGCCGUCCCCCAUCGUCCGCCCGCUCCUCCCGGGCACCAUGAGGCCCCUGAGCCCCACCAGGGGUCCCCACGUUCCCCUGGACCCCCGGGACCCCCAAGAUCUGGCGAACAAGAAGAAGAAGGGACUGCUUUCCAAGGGGAAGAAGCUUCUGAAGAGACUCUCCCCUGUGAAAUAA